AGCACAGCUGUGUGUAAGCCAGGAUGCGUGUGCACAUGUGAUCAUGUCCAGGGAAUAUCACUGUGGCAUCCCACACCCAGAGACUCCCCGGAGCGACUAGGGACCAGCAGCCCAUGGGGAGCUUAGUAGGAGUCAAAUCCCAGCCCUGCUGCUGUGCUCUCUAGCGCAUUGUGAGGUGGCCUGGAGGAGGCAGAGGCCAGGAGGGAGAGGUCCCAGGAGCUUGUGAAAUGGAUUUGGCCUGGCUCCCAGCUGGGCAGGAGCACAGGACUCCAGGACACUGAGGACCUCGCCCGGCGCAUGGCCAGCACCCACCUGUGCUGGCGCCUGCCUGUCCAGGGCUGACCAGGGAGAUGGCGCUGGCCCGGGGGCUGCUCCGCAUGGCCCUGCUGGCCCUGUGCUGGGGGUGCAGCCUGGCAGGGGAAGAAGAAACCGUCCCGAUGCAGACGCUUCGCUGCUACAAUGACUACACCAGCCACAUCACCUGCAGGUGGGCGGACACGCGGGAUGCCCAGCGGCUCGUCAAUGUGACCCUCAUUCGCAGGGUGAAUCACAGGGACCCCUCGGAGCCAGUGUCCUGCGACCUCAGCGAUGACAUGCCCUGGUCAGCCUGCCCGCAUCCCCACUGCGUGCCCAGGAAAUGUGUCAUUCCCUACCAGAGUUUUGUCAGCUCUGACACUGACCGCUUCUCAUUCGAACCAGACAGGCUUCUGGGCACCCAGCUCACCGUCACUCUGACCCAGCAUGUCCAGCCUCCUGCGCCUAAGGACCUGCAGAUCAGCAGUCACCAGGACCACUUCCUGCUAACCUGGAGCGUGGCCCUGGGGGGCCCCCAGAGCCAGUGGCUGUCCCAGGGGGACCUGGAGUUUGAGGUGGUCUAUAAACGGCUCCAGGACUCUUGGGAGGACGCGGCCACUCUCCUCUCCAAUGCCUCCCAGGCCACCCUGGGGCCAGAGCACCUCAUGCCCAGCAGCACCUAUGUGGCCCGAGUGCGGACCCGCCUGGCCCCAGGUUCUCGGCUCUCAGGACGUCCCAGCAAGUGGAGCCCAGAGUUUCAGUGGGACUCCCAGCCAGGGGAUGAGGCCCAGCCCCAGAACCUGCAGUGCUUCUUCGACGGGGCCGCCGUGCUCAGCUGCUCCUGGGAGGUGAGGCGGGAGGUGGUCAGCUCCGUCUCCUUUGGCCUCUUCUACAAGCCCAGCCCAGAGGCAGGCUCUGCCGUGCUCCUCAGGGAGAAAGAGUGCUCCCCAGUGCUGAGGGAGGAGUUCGGCAGCCUCCACAUCAGACACCACUGUGGGAUUCCCGUGCCCGACCCCAGCACCCGCGGCCGGUACAUCGUCUCCGUUCAGCCAAGGAGGCCAGAGAAACACAUAAAGAGCUCAGAGCACAUCCAGAUGGCCCCUCCGUCCCUCACCAUCAGCAAGGAUGGAGACAGCUACAGCCUGCACUGGAAAGCAAUGAAAAUGCAAUACGAGCACAUAGACCACACAUUCGAGAUCCAGUACAGGAAAAACUCCACCACGUGGGAGGACAGCAAGACCGAGACCCUCCAGAAUGCCCACAGCAUGGCCCUGCCAGCUCUGGAGCCCUCCACCACGUACUGGGCCAGGGUUAGGGUCAGGACCUCCCGCAGCGGCUACGAUGGGAUCUGGAGCCAGUGGAGUGAGGAGCGCUCCUGGGAAACUGAGUGGGCGCUGCCCGUGUGGGUGCUGCCGCUCGUCGUGGUGCUCCUUACCCUCACUGUGCUCGUGGCCCUCCGCUUCUGUGGCAUCUAUGGGUACAGGCUGAGCAGAAAGUGGGAGGAGAGGAUCCCCAACCCCAGCAAGAGCCACCUGUUCCAGAACGGGAUUGCAGAGCGGCGGCCUCCAGGCAGCCUGGCGGCCUUCGCCAGCAGGAGCCCCCCAGAGCAGGGGCCGUGGAACAGCCACUUCUCUGAGCUGGAGGGAGUGUUCCUUGUAGGAUUCAAGGACAGUGAGGUGUCACCUCUCACCACAGAGGACCCCAAGCAUGUCUGUGAUCCACCAUCUGGGCCUGACACGACUCCAGCUGCCUCAGACCUGCCCACAGAACAGCCCCCCAGCCCCCGGCCAGGCCCACCUGCCCCCUCCCACACGCCUGAGAAGCAGGCUUCCAGCUUCGACUUCAAUGGCCCCUACUUGGGGUCGCCCCAAAGCCACUCCCUGCCUGACAGCCUGUGCCAGCCGGAGCCCCCCCAGGCAGGUGGGAGCCAGAAGCCCCUGCCUCCAGGAUCCCUGGAGUACCUAUGUCUGCCUGCUGGGGGGCAGGUGCAGCUGGUCCCACUGGCCCAGUCGAUCGGGCAGGGCCAGGCGAUGGAUGUGGAGAGGAGGCCGAGCCGGGCGGCUGAGGGGAGCCCCUCCCUGGAGUCCGGGGGAGGCCCUGCCCCUCCUGCUCUUACCACAAGGGUGGGAAGACAGGACCGAGAGGACAGCCCUGUGGCUCUGCCCACAAGCUCUAAGGACCCUGAGGACCCUGGAGUGGCCUCUGGUUACGUCUCCUCUGCAGAUCUGGUAUUCCCCCCACAGUCAGGGGCCUCACCUGUCUCCCAGGUUCCCUCUCUGGGCCUCCCUGCAGACCAGACCCCCAGCUUCUGUCCUGAGCUGGCCAGUGGACACCCUGGAGCCCCAGGCCCUGUGAAGUCAGGGUUUGAGGGCUAUGUGGCACUCCCUCCAACUGAGGCCCAGUCCCCCAGGUCCCCAUUGAACAAUCUUGUCCCCUCGGAGGCCAGCAGCCCUGUCCUGAACCCAGGGGAGCACCGGGCAGAUGUAUCCCCAACAUCCCCACACUCCGAGGGCCUACUUGUCCUGCAGCAGGUGGGCGAGUAUUGCUUCCUCCCCGGCCUGGGGGCUGGCCCUGUCUCACCCCGGAGUAAGCCCUCUUCCCCGGGACCCUCUCCUGAGAUCAGGGACUCAGACCAGGCUUUGCAAGUCAAGAAGCCCCCAGGCCAGGCCAUGCCCCAGGUGCCCGUCAUUCAGCUCUUCAAAGCCCUGAAGCAGCAGGACUACCUGUCGCUGCCCCCUUGGGAGGUCAGCAGGCCUGGGGAGGUGUGCUGAGACCCUCAGACCUCGACAGGCGAGGGGACCGAGAGGGCUUGCCUUCCCUCCCGCCCGGGCUUCCUCAGUCAUUUCUGCAAAGUCAAGGGGCCGUCUCCUGUUGAGGUAGCCGGAGGCAGGCGUGGGAAAGGAGUCAGCCUUGCUCCGGCCCCCUUGACCUUCAGCAAAUCACUUCUCUUCCCACGCACAUGCACGCGCACACACGUACACGCCCACAUUUUUUCUUUCCGGUUAUUUUUAGCUUCUGAAUUAUUAGAGCUUUCUAGACAUACUCAUUCCAUCUCCCCUUCAUUUUCUUUUUUAUCGAGUUUCCUUGCAUUUGCCA